GCACCGGAAAUUUGCCCCAACAAACAAAAAGGAUAGCAACAAUUAGUGAAAAUGUCAAAGUGGUGGAGUUUCGACUCCAAACAGGAGACCGACAGCAUCUUCCGCAGCGAGGUGAUGUCCUUGUGCCAGAUGUUUCUGCAGCCGGAGGCAGCCUACGACACGAUUGCCGAGCUCGGCGAGGUGGGCUGUGCCCAGUUUCGUGAUAUGAACAAGGGCGUGAUCGCCCAGCAGCGGAAAUUCAUCGGGGAGGUGCGUCGCUGCGAUGAGCUGGAGCGGAAGAUCCGCUAUGUGACCGCCGAGCUGGACAAGGACGGGCACAAGGUGCUCGACCUGAUGGACGAUUUCCCGCCCGCGCCAAAGCCCCGCGACAUAAUCGAGCUGGAGGCGCACCUGGAGAAGACGGAGACGGAGAUAAUUGAGCUGGCCGCCAACGACAUCAGCCUGCAGACCAACUACCUGGAGCUGACGGAGAUGAUUCAAGUGCUGGAACGGACAGACCAGUUCUUCUCGAACCAGGAGUCGCACAACUUUGACCAGAACAAGCGCGGCACCCACCGGGAUCCGGAGCAGACCAAUGGACACUUGGGUUUCGUGGCCGGCGUCAUCAAUCGGGAGAGGGAGUACGCCUUCGAGCGCAUGCUCUGGCGCAUCUCCCGCGGCAACGUUUUCGUGCGCCGCGCAGAGGUGGACGUGCCCCUGAAGGACCCUCGCACGGGCAGUGUCCUGCACAAGAGCGUCUUCGUGGUGUUCUUCCAGGGCGACCAGCUGCAGGCCCGCAUUCGCAAGGUGUGCACCGGCUUCCACGCCCACAUGUAUCCCUGCCCCAGCUCGCACGCGGAGCGCAUGGAGAUGGUGAAAAGUGUGCGCACGCGCCUGGACGACCUGAAGGCCAUCAUCAGCCAGACGGAGGACCACCGCAACUGCGUGCUGAACGCGGUGGGCAAGCAGCUGCCCAAGUGGUCGGCGAUGGUCAAGAAAAUGAAGGCCAUCUACCACACCCUGAACCAGUUCAAUGUGGAUCUGGGCAGCAAGUGCCUGAUUGGCGAGGCCUGGGUGCCCAAGCGGGAGCUGGAGCUGGUGGAGACGGCCCUCGCCGCAGGAUCAGCCAUCGUGGGCAGCACCGUUCCCUCGUUUAUCAACGUGCUGGACACCAAGAAGGAGCCGCCCACCUACUACAGGCUAAACAAGUUCACGCGCGGCUUCCAGAACCUGAUCGACGCCUACGGCAUAAGCAGCUACCGGGAGGCGAACCCCGGCCUGUACACCUGCAUCACCUUCCCGUUCCUGUUCGCGGUGAUGUUCGGCGACAUGGGCCACGGCACCAUUCUGUUCCUUCUGGGCCUGUGGAUGGUCCUGGACGAGACACGCCUCAUGAAGAAGCGGGGCGGAGAGAUCUGGAACAUCUUCUUUGCGGGACGCUACAUUAUCCUGCUGAUGGGGCUGUUCGCCAUGUACACGGGCUUCCACUACAACGACAUAUUCUCCAAGUCGAUAAAUGUGUUCGGCUCCCACUGGGUGAACGUCUACAAUCGAACCACCGUGCUGACCAAUCCGACGCUGCAGUUGAACCCUUCGGUGGCCACGCGCGGCGUCUACCCCAUGGGCCUGGAUCCCGUCUGGCAGUCGGCAUCGAACAAGAUCAUCUUCCUCAACACGUACAAGAUGAAGCUAUCCAUCAUCUUUGGUGUGCUGCACAUGACCUUCGGCGUGUGCAUGUCGGUGGAGAACUUUGUGUUCUUCAAGAAGUAUGCCUAUAUCUUCCUGCAGUUCGUGCCGCAGGUGCUCUUCCUGCUGCUGAUGUUUGGCUACAUGUGCUUCAUGAUGUUCUACAAGUGGAUCAAAUACAGCCCGACCACCGAUGUCCUGGCCGACACACCGGGCUGUGCCCCCUCCGUGCUGAUCAUGUUCAUCGAUAUGGUGCUGUUCAAGACCGAAACGGCUUCGCCGGGCUGCGAUGUUAACAUGUUCCCCAUUCAGAAAGAGAUUGAAAUGAUUUUCUUCGCGCUGGCAAUCGUUUGCAUUCCAUGGAUCCUUUGUGGCAAGCCCCUCUACAUCAAGUUCCAUCGCCGCAACAGGCCCGCUGAACCUGUGGUAGAGGUCGAUGAAAUCGUGGAGAAGAUCGAGGUCACCGGGAAGGAGGUUAUCAUCACGGAAGUGGCCGAGGCCCACGAGUCUGGUGGCCAUAACGAGGAGGAUGACGAGCCCAUGAGCGAGAUCUGGAUACACCAGGCCAUCCACACCAUCGAGUACAUCCUGAGUACCAUCUCGCACACAGCCUCCUAUCUGCGUCUCUGGGCUCUGUCCCUGGCCCAUGCGCAGCUCUCGGAGGUGCUGUGGACUAUGGUUUUGUCGAUGGGUCUGCAAUUUCCGGGCUACAUCGGAGCCAUUGCGCUGUUCUUUAUCUUCGCCGUCUGGGAGUUCUUCACCAUCGCCAUCAUGGUGAUGAUGGAGGGUCUGUCCGCCUUCCUGCACACCCUGCGUCUGCACUGGGUGGAGUUCAUGAGCAAGUUCUAUGCGGGAGCAGGCUAUCCAUUCACGCCCUUCAGCUUCAAAGAACUCUUGACCGUGGUCGAUGAUGACUGAAGCGGGACGGUCUACAUUCGAUAUGUAACUCUAAUCUAAGUGGGUGACCAGAGCCCAACAAUAAACGAAGCAUUACAGAA